UUUUGAUGUCUGAGUGCAUGGCGCAGCGAAAGUGACGAGGAUUGUUUUUGCUAAUCUUUUUGGACCUUGUGGAUAUUUAUUUCCGUGGAAUCAUGCAGAAACCCUGAAAUGUGUGUGAAAUGAUAUCACCUCCGGAAGUGUGGACCUUUAUCACGGCCUCAUUGAUGACAGCGUGCAGGACGCCUCUGAGGAAAAGCUGCUGGAUUCAUAAACACUUCUUUAGGACUCACUCAAACCCCUGAGCUUUGUUUUGUGGGUCAAACAAACUCGUGUUGACGCGUUUGCAUUUGUGUUGACAAUGGCUAACAAAGGGAACACGGAUCUAGAAGACCUCGGUGGAGUUGUCAGGCUGAGAGAGGAAAACCAGAAGGUGGUGAAAAACUGUGAAAGUCAGAUUCAACACUGGAAAAAGGUGUUGGAUGACUAUGAAGCCCUCCGUGAUCGCCUCAGAACUCUCCCAGAUCAGUUGUGUUAUGAAAUCAUGGUACCAUUUGGCUCCCUGGCCUUCAUGCCUGGGAAGCUUGUGCACACCAACGAGGUCACGGUGCUGCUGGGCGACAACUGGUUCGCCAAGUGCUCUGCAAAGCAAGCCCAGAAAAUUGUCGAGCACAGGAUGAAGCAUGUGGGGAAUCAGUUAGACGAUGUGACCAAGACUAUGAAAAACUUCGAAGCAAGAGUGGGCUUCGCAAAAGAGCUGGAAACCAUGUCAGCUAAUAAAGGGGACUAUGUCGACAUCAGAGAGGAGGUUGGAAACAAUGACUCAGCCAUCACUAAAGGAAAGCAAAGAAUAGCUCACAAGCCUAACUCGAAACCCAAGAUGGAUGUGGUGUUUGAUCUGAAAGAGCAGGAUGAGGAGGAUGAAGGCAAGAGUGGAGACACAGGGAGCAGAAAAGGCAUCAUAAGCGAGGAGGAACUGUGGGCUAGAUUAGAUGAACUAGAGAGACUGGAGGAGCUGCAGGAUGAGCAGGACAGAUUUUCUGAUAACGCGGAGGUGAAUGGUGAAGAAUCAUCAUCUUCAUCGGAGGAGGAGAAGGAGACAGAUGCUGCUCCUCCGGUUAAUGGUUCGAGCUUGAAGCCAAGCUGGAGCUCUGUGCCUCAUGGUGUACAGCCUCUCACAGACAGGAAAAGGGAAGAGGAGGAUGGCAGCUGUUUGCCCACUAUCUUCUUCUCUCACAUGGUUGAACCCAAAAAGGUGAGGAUAAACACGGGGAAAAACACCACAUUAAAGUUCAGUGAAAGAAAAGAGCAAAAGGAGAAUUCAAAGAGGAAAAAGAAAAACGGCCACAGUAAUGGCCCCUCCCAUCACGAGCUUCACAGAAUUACCACACCAGCUGAUAUUUACAGGUUGUUUGUGGAUGUGAAGAAUGGCGAACCCAUCCCGAGAAAGUCCAUCCUGAAGUCACGGAGUCGAGAGAACAGUGUGUGCAGCGACACAAGCGAGAGCAGCGCUGCCGACUUCGAGGAGCGCAGGAUGAUCGGACGCAGCUUCAGCCACGAUGAGUUGACACACAGCGACACCAGCGACGGUAUCACCGAGGAGGACAGUCCAACAGCGGUGCCUCUGCAAACUCCCAGCAGAUUUGAAGCUUUUUCAGGUUUGGUGGUAGAAAAGGACCCCAUGCCUUCAGGUGUGCCCCACCUGACCAUCGUCCCACCUGCUUUGCCAACCAUUCUGGAAAGGAAGCAGGAGGAAGUUGCACCUGAUGUCCCUCCGCCUGAGCAGGCGCCUAAAAGAGUGUCCAAGUUCAAAGCUGCCAGGCUGCAGCAAAAGUGACUUUCAGGCCUUUUUUUCUUUUUUAACAACAAAAUUGAACAAAAGGAAUCAACGGUCUCCCUUUCUAUGAUCAUCUUGAAUUCACCUUAUUUCAUAAUCUUUAUGAUUCCUGUCAUUCAAUACGAAUUGAAUAAUUAGGCAACCGUUAAAAAAUAUAUCUGUCUCGUUUUCUGCUUAUUGUCAACCUGCUUUUACGUUAUCGACUCUUUUGCAGAUCCUUGCUGUUUGUAGGUAAGGUGACCCCAGCUUCCUUUUUUCUCUCAAUUAAAAAGAACCUUUGCUAAAGUGAAAUUUCUACCAUCUAUCGUUCUGCCCAAUGAAUGUAUGUUUUCUUUUGUGACAAGCUUUAUGUAAAAAAAA